AUGGCGAACAUGGAGCUCCCAUGGGAUUUGAUUGAAGAGAUACUCUCUCGUGUCCCUCCUCAGUCUCUUGCCCGCUUCAGAACCGUAUCAAAACGAUGGAACGCUCUUUUCGACGACAAGAUGUUCAUCAACAACCACAAGUCGACGUUUCGAUUCAUCUUAGCAACCAAAUCCAAGUUUUAUUCAGUAAGCGUCAAUCCAAAGGUAGAGGUGCGUGAGCUAACAUUAGAUAUUCCCGGUUUAGAAUCUCAGGCACCUAAAAAAUUGAUUGAUUGCAAUGGGUUACUGCUGUGUGAAAUUGAUAAAGGAGCAAGGGUUUGGAACCCGUGGUCAAAACAGACUAGAUGGAUCGAGCCCGAUGCUGACCAACCUGGUUUACAAUCUACUGGCAUAGGUUAUGAUAAAGACAAUGGUUACAAGACCCUUACAUCUUGCAACGUGACGGAGGAUAUAGAUCAUCCCAAAACAUCUUGGAAAGUUCAUCAUUUUUCCACCGAUGCGUGGAAGAACAUAAACGGUGUGUUGAAAUCACCUUGUAGUACUACUACGGAAAGUGAGGUUGCUACUUUUCACACCACACGUGGUUUCUCGCUGAAUGGAACUUGGUAUCGGGUUGCUCAUUAUCAUAAGACUAUCAACGAGUUCUUCCUAAUUUACUUCGAUUUUUCGACGGAAACAUUCCACAAGUUUUGUGAUCUACCAUGGGAGGGGAACCGUGAUUGCGAUGCGCUUGUUCUUAGGGUUUAUAAUGGAGAUCGGUUCUCAUUGUUAAAGCAAUGCCACCUGACAAAGAAGAUUGAGAUUUUGGUGACCAAGAACAAGAUUCAAUAUUCGGGUGGUGAUGUAGAAUGGGUGAGUUUCAUGGAAGUGUCGAUUCCUAAGCUUCCGGAUUUGCUACAUAAGGGAUACCAUUAUCAGCCAAGUUACUUCAUCGACGAUAAGAGGCUUGCCGUGUGUUUUUUGGACGAAACUGCUCGGGCUUGCAUCUAUGUUAUGGAGGAAAAUGAGUUGAUCAGUAAAACCCAAUUGGAGUCUGUGGUUGGUCAGUGGCCUUUGCAUUGUACCUUUUCCCCCAGUUUGGUCUCGGUUCCUCAACUUCAAAGAGAAGAAGCAGAAUUGAACGAUUAG